GCGGCCCAUCUUGCAUCAAUGGAGGAUUGAAGAUAGGCAGAGGAGGAAGACCCAUACAUACACGAUACACCCACGCACCAAUCAACGUCUCACUCUUUGUUUAGUCAAUCGCUUUGUCUUCAAGACUACUUGAAACGCUACUGCAAGCCAACUACCGUUAUCUCUCUCUAAAAGCUCCUUACGUUCUCUUCCUGCGAAGGCUAUAUUGUUUUUCUUAAAAUUUCUUUUAAAAAUGGCUUCGCUGACCCCCGUUUCUCAAUCCCAGUCCGUUUUGGAUAAACCCCAAUUCAAGUCACCAGCCCUACACGCAAACUUCCCACCCGUUUCUCUUAGGAGCCCUAGUUUUCGCUUCAGGGCUUUGAGGAGACACGGCUCUGUCCCUGCAAGACGUGGUGGAGUUUUGGAAAUGGCACCCAAGAGUCUUGUUGUGUCUGCAACCACUGCGGAGAAGCCGAAGAAGCGGUACCCGGGUGAGGCGAAGGGAUUUGUGGAGGAGAUGAGGUUUGUGGCCAUGAAAUUGCACACCAGGGAUCAGGCAAAGGAGGGGGAGAAGGAACCUCAGGGACAGCCGGUGGCCAAAUGGGAGCCGUCCAUUGAUGGGUACUUGAGGUUUCUUGUGGACAGCAAGUUGGUCUACGAUAAGCUCGAGGGGAUUGUUCAGAAGGCUGCUUUUGAUUCCUAUUCUGAGUUCAGAAAUACAGGAUUGGAACGGUCAGAAAAAUUAGCAAAAGAUUUGGAGUGGUUCAAAGAACAAGGGCACACCAUUCCUGAACCUUCCUCUCCCGGUGUUACUUACGCACUUUAUCUUGAAGAACUAUCUGAGAAGGAUCCUCAAGCAUUCAUUUGCCAUUUUUACAAUAUAUACUUUGCACACUCUGCUGGGGGUCGAAUGAUUGGGAAAAAGGUAGCUGAAAAGAUACUAGACGACAAAGAGUUAGAAUUCUACAAAUGGGAUGGGGAGCUUUCCCAGCUGCUGCAGAAUGUGAGAGAGAAGCUGAACAAAGUUGCUGAAGGUUGGACGAGAGAGGAGAAGAACCGUUGUCUGGAAGAAACUGAGAAAUCAUUCAAGUAUUCAGGAGAUAUCCUGCGUCUAAUAUUGUCAUGAUUCAAAAAUUGCAUUGUUGCAUUGUGAUAUGGUGUAAGUAAUGGCACCAAUCCUAACUGUCUAUACACAAAACAUUGGCUCUCUCCUUUGUGAAAUUCCAUAUUCCAUGUUUCUAACGUUGUGCAUUAUCAGAACAAUGUUUAAGAUAUGAAUAAAUAUAGAUAUAUGAAGUUUGGCCAAA